AUGGCUGGAGGAAUUAAAGAGUGUUGGGGGGUGGAAUUCGGGAAAGAUAGGACAGAAAGUAUGGCAGUCAGGAUGCUGCGGAAGAAAUUUCAUAGAACCCUUGUGUAUUUUGAUCUUAAGAAACUAGCCUUGACAAAGACGAAGGUGAUCGUGGCGGCAAAGGAGGAGCAAAAGUUUUCACUGCACGAGCAGCCGGGGAACAGUGUUCUAAGAGAGGGUGCAACUGUAGCCUUCACAUAUGUAAAAGGUGAAGAAGAAAAGGAUGCAUAUGAUACUUUAAAGAAGAUUCAAGAACUGAAGGGACCUGAUGCAAAAGACCAUGUUGCUUUGCCUGCUGAUAUAUAG